GAAACAGAGUGCUCCAAAGAGCUCUCUCCCCAUCUCAGAGAGAGAGAGAGAGAGAGAGAGAGAGAGACGGCGACAGCACUUGCAGGCAGAGAUGGACAGACAACAGAGGCGUCUGAGAAAGCCAUUUUUUGGGGAUUUGGUAACGUUAAGUCAGCUCCCUUAAUACAGAAGAGAGAGAGAGAGAGGGAGAGAGGGAGAGGCACAGGCAAUGAAAUUAAAGACACCAACAAAAUUUGCCCCCAGAACAACCCUUUCCCUCAAACAAAAUAACAACCUGAUUUGUAACCGAAGCACUGCAGAUAAUAAUAAUCACACCCACACUCUGUUACACUCCUUAAACAAACAACUUCUACUCCUAAUUAUCAUUGCUUGCAUAACCGCUCUGUUUUCUUACCUUUUUUCUUCUUUUCCUCUCUCUCUCUCGCUUUCUUUCUUCUGGGUUUUGUCCUUUGAUCGGUAAAUGGGGUAGCCAGAUUCUGGUCUAUUUUCAUUUGUUCUUGUUCUUGUUGUUUUCUAUUACCCAUUUGAAUUGAAUGACGCUUUCGGAGCAGAAUCCGGCGGAGUUUCGCAAAGGUUUGGAAGGUGAGGGUCUGUUUGAGGAGCUAUGGAAGGCUUGUGCAGGGCCUCUUGUUGAAGUUCCUUUCAAUGGAGAAAGGGUUUUUUACUUUCCUCAAGGGCAUAUGGAACAACUGGAAGAGUCAACAAAUCAUGAACUCAAUCACCAAAUCCCUCAUUUUGAUCUUCCUUCUAAGAUCCUCUGUCGUGUCGUGAACAUUCGUUUGUUGGCUGAAAAGGAAACGGAUGAGGUCUAUGCUCAAAUCACUUUACAACCAGAAGCUGAUCAAAGUGAGCCGCAAUGCCCUGAUCCAGAGCCGCCUGAGCGGACAAGGCCAACUGUUCAUUCUUUUUGUAAGAUUUUGACAGCUUCUGAUACUAGCACUCAUGGAGGUUUCUCUGUUCUUAAAAAACAUGCCACUGAAUGCCUUCCUCCCCUUGAUAUGAGUCAGUCCACCCCAACUCAGGAGCUAGCUGCCAAGGAUCUUCAUGGACAUGAGUGGAAAUUUAAGCAUAUUUUCAGAGGUCAACCACGAAGGCAUUUGCUAACGACAGGGUGGAGUACGUUUGUCGUAUCGAAACGACUCGUUGCUGGGGAUGCCUUUGUGUUCUUAAGGGGUGACAAUGGGGAACUAAGAGUCGGGGUACGACGACAGGCUCGACAGCAGAGUUUGAUGCCUUCCUCUGUGAUAUCUAGCCAUAGUAUGCAUCUUGGAGUUCUUGCUACUGCUUCUCAUGCUGUUCGUACGCAGACGUUUUUCGUUGUGUAUUACAAGCCGAGAACUAGCCAAUUCAUCAUCGGCUUAAACAAAUACUUGGAAACGAUCAAGAACAGAUAUGAAGUCGGGAUGCGGUUUAAGAUGAGAUUCGAAGGAGAGGAAUCACCGGAGAGAAGGUUCACUGGUACUAUUGUUGGUGUUGGAGACAUAUCACCAAUUUGGUCUGAUUCUAAAUGGCGAUCACUGAAGAUCCAAUGGGAUGAAGCUGCUGCAAUCCAGAGGCCCGAGCGAGUUUCUCCGUGGGAAAUCGAACCGUUUGUACCGUCUGCGUCCUUAAACUUCACUCAUCCAUCCAUAAAGAGUAAGAGGGCUCGACCCGUCGAGGUUCCUCCUCCUGAAAACACUUCUAGCUCGACUCCUACGGGUUUUUGGCUUCACGGAUCGACGAUUCCUCACGAGAUACCCCAACUAAGUGGUGCUAAUGAUGUUCCGAGCAGCGGUAACCAGGUUGUUUGGUCUCUCUGGCAGCAAACGCUCGAUGUCAAUGUCGAUAGCAGUCGAAGCCACUGCAAUCCAAUGGCACAUGUUGAAGGCAUUUGGCCUUCUCCUCCUCCUCCACUCUGUAAUAACUCCCUGAAGCCUCUUCCCUCCCCUUAUUCUCCAUCCAGUACUUCAAAGCCUAGCAGUGAGCUCAUUGAGCACGAUCAAUCGGAGAAAGGGAAUAAACCCGACAUCUCUCUCGGCUGCCGAAUAUUCGGGAUCGAUUUGAAAAAGAACUCUAGCAUUGUCCCUUCCUUGGAGAAGAAAUCGUGUUGCCAAACUACGGUGGCCACCGACAUUGCCAAGGAUCCAGUACCGAUAGCUGCUGUGACAUCUCAAGCCGAUGCAGGAAAGGAGCAGCAGCAAGUUGCAUCAGAGCUGUCGAUGAAAGGAACACAGACGAAUCACAUUCCGAAUUCAUCGUCGAGAACACGUACAAAGGUACAAAUGCAAGGAGUUGCUGUCGGUCGAGCAGUUGACUUAACGACACUGAAAGGGUACGAAGAUCUCAUAGACGAACUCGAGAACGUGUUCGAAAUAAAAGGAGAACUUCGCGAAAUGAACAAGUGGUCUAUCGUUUUCACCGACGAUGAAUACGACAUGAUGCUCGUGGGGGAUGAUCCAUGGCCAGAAUUCUGCCAGAUGGUGAAGAGGAUCUUUAUAUACUCGAGCGAAGAAGUUAAGACGAUGAGUAGCAACAGCAAGCUCGUUUCGCCACCAUCCUUAGAUAGCUUGGAUUCAGAGCGCAAGACAGAAUCCUAAAUAUUAGCAGCUUAGCAAGUAAGUAGUGUAGUAAUUUAGCCUCUUUUAUAGAACAUUUCGAUGAAAACUAGGAAUUUCUGGAACUGCUUUUGUUGGUAAAGGAGCUGAAACUGCUUCUUUUCUGCAGUUUGAAACAAUCCAGCUACAUUCCUUGUGUAUAAAGUUCUUACUGUUCUAUCCACUGCUUCAAAUGUUCUUCCCAUGUUCUUGAAAAUCUUCGAAGAAUUUGAUGAUGUUUUGAAA